CACAAUAAUAUCAUAUUUUUCCUCAACAUUUGAAAUUGUGAAAAGGUAUUUAGAAAUUACCUAAAACUAAAGUCACUAUACUUUUUAGAUGGUUACAAACAUAGUUACAUACAAGAAAAAACGUAAUUUAUUCAUUCUUCAUGCUCAAGAUGAACUCAAUUAAAGAUCAGGAUAAUGCCGACACAAUCAGUAUCGACACAUUGGCACUCGAAGAGAUUCUUGAAGACGAAAGGGCUCAGGAAAUAUCAGAAUUGAAUAGUUUAAGUGACAAAGUGUGCUAUCUUCACACAAACCUGUUGUACUAUAGAAACCCUAAGUCUAAGAUGGGUUCAACAUGUUAUGAAGCAUGGAGGACACUUGUGAAAAAAGUGGGUGGUUCACCUAAUGCAUGGAAAGAUUUGGGAUUUGCUUUAGGCGUCAAUCAAGGAGACUUAGAUUACAUAUCACAUUCUGUUAAAGAUGAUCCAGCUGACAUAAUUCUUAAAGUCUACAUGCAAAAUGAAUCUGCAACUCUAGAUAAAGUAUUAGAUGCAUUAAUAAAAAUGAAGAGAUAUGAUAUCCUAAAAGCAGUUGAAGAUCCAUUGUGUAAUUUGGCACAGUGUUUUGUAAAAGAUGAUAGUGGAUAUCAAAGUAAUAGUGAUACUGGAAAAAGAGAAAUUAUUAGCUUGACAAAAAAUGUUCCUAACGAUUUGCCACCAGCUUUAAGCAAGAAAUAUGUUAAAAAUGCUGAAAAGCCAAAACAACCAUCCCUCAAGCCUUCAACAAGGGCUGAUGUAAAUAAAAGUACAGUUGAGGCAACAUUAUUUCUUACAUAUACAGAAGAUGGUUUAGAUACAGCCAUUAAUAUUCAACAUUAUGUUAAUAACUGGAAUGAGUUUUCUGGAAUUACAGUAUUAACAUUAAAUGGUAAACGCGAAGAGGUUGUACAAAAUCCAGAAAAGUUUAUAAGAGAGUAUUUUGAAAAGGCUCACUUUAUAGUUCCAAUAAUAACAACAGGGUAUUUAAGUAGAAUUAAAUCAUACACUCCUUUGGAACCAACUACUGAUGAUAAUUUAGAUUUUAAAUAUGUGAACUUUAUAUACAAUUUAAUAGUCAAUUACUAUAUACAUGCCUCUGGGUGUAUCAAUGAAAAAGUAAGGAGUGUUCUGCCACAAAAUGUUAAUGUUGAUGUAUUGAGAGACAUAUCUAUGUAUCCAGACUUAAUGCCUUGGACUUAUGAAACUAAUUUUGAUGAACACUUUAAGGCAUUUUUAAAAAACCUCUCUUUGUGAGAUAAGAAUUUGUAUACCCAUUUACUCAACAAUAAGCUUUAAAAAUAGCUAAGGUUCCGUCUUCCUGUGAUAGAAAAGUGUAAGUGACAUCCUUGGCAGUUAUAAUAUAUUAUAGAUAGUAAAAACAAUUUUAUUUUA